AUGUCUACUGUCAAAACUCUUGUUGCUGUGGAAGUAAAGACGGGAUGGCCCCUAUUUCAAUUGGAUGUUAAUAAUGCUUUCUUGUAUGAUGACUUGGUUGAGGAAGUAUAUAUGAGGCUUCCUCCUGGUUUGUCUGUUUCUUCCCCACCUUCUUCUUCCCCUUUAGUGUGCAAAUUGCAGAAGUCUCUUUAUGGUUUGAGGCAAGCAUCCAGGGGUUCAGGUGAUUCUUUGGUUACUAUAGCUGUGUAUGUGGAUGACAUUGUCUUAACUGGGACUGAUUUGCAUGAGAUUACUGCUUUAAAGGUUUUCCUUCAUCAGAAGAAAUUUAUCAAUGAUUUGCAAAAGGAGUUUCAUUGUGAUGUUUGUACCCCUACUGUCUGCCCUCUUGAAUUGAAUGAGAAAUUAAAGGCCUCUGUUGGUGAGCCUUUUCCCAAUCCUAAAGUCUACAGAAAUCUCAUACGGAAGUUAAAUUUUUUCACUCUCACCAGGCCAGACCUCUCACUUGUUGUGCAACACCUUAGCCAAUUUAUGCAGAAACCUUGUGUUCCUCAUACGAAAUCUGCCCUCCACCUCCUGAGGUAUCUGAGUGGUACUUCUGAUCCUGGGAUUUUUCUUAAUAACUCCUCAUAUUUUUCUGUUCAGGUUUAUUGUGAUAGUGAUUGGGGAUCUUGUCCUGAUAGCAGAAGAUCGGUGACGAGUUUCUGCAUCCUGUUAGGUGGCAGUUUGGUUUGCUGGAAAUCUAAGAAGCAGCCGGUUCUCUCUCUUUCUUCAGCUGAAGCUGAAUAUAGGUCUUUGAGCAAGGUUGUGGCAGAGGUUACAUGGUUAGCUAGACUUUUGGUUGACUUUGGCAUUACUGAUCUCUCUUCUAUUCCAGUUUAUUGUGAUAACCAGGCUGCAAUUCACAUUACUAAGAACCAUGUGUUCCAUGAAAGGACCAAGCAUAUUGAGCUGGAUUGUCACUUUGUUCGCACCAAGCUGGCUGAUGGUUUGGUUACCCUGCUCCAUACUUCCAGUUCCACUCAAAUGGCUGAUGUAUUCACCAAAAGUCUGCCUGGUGCUGCCCAUCAUUCACAUUUGUCCAAGUUGGGGUGUUUUAUCACACUCCAACUUGAAGGGGGGUGUUUGGAUAACAGAGUGUAA